CUCGAAGAACAUGCCCAAUCUGCAAUAAUGUACAGUCCGUCAAAGCGCCGAAAGAAGGACGAUGGAUCAAGUAAGCCAGUGCGCAAACUAGAUUUCUUCUUCGCCAAACAGACUGCAAAAGCUGCAGCUACGACGAAUGGUGCGCCGAAGAAAACGGACGAGCCCGUUGCGCCCCAAGUAGUAGAUCCAUCUAAUCUUACGGACGAAGAGUAUGCUAGGAAACUACAGGAGGAAUGGGACAGGGAAGCUCGAGGGGAACUACAGACCCAAGGACAGCCACCCAAAGAGGAAGAGCUGUCCAGCUCGAAUGAGCUCUACAGAGACCCCAGUCCACCCGCUACAACUGGCGUGAACAGUAGCAAUACGGAAGAGGGAAAUCCUACAACUAAAGCUGAAGCAUUCAUGCCCAUCAUCGAAUCUGCAGCACCGAAGCCGAAGUCGAACACUCUCUCACUGCAAUCGACCGCAACCGAAGAAGACACCAUAACCGCGAACAUACCCUUCGACCAGAGCCCUCUCGAAUUCGACCCCUCUAAGUACAUACCAGAUCUACAAAAGCAUUGGACAGCGGACGGAGGGCGUGCGACAUAUGCACUAUUGACCAGAUGCUUCAUCUUGGUCAAUAGCACAACAAGCCGUAUCAAGAUCGUAGACACACUUGUCAAUCUGCUACGGACAAUCAUCGAAAGCGAUCCUAACAGCUUGCUCCCUGCAGUAUGGCUUGCGACGAACUCGAUAUCACCUCCAUACAUCGAUCUCGAACUCGGUCUCGGUGGGUCAGCAAUAUCAAAGGCGUUGAAGAAGGUCUGUGGUCUGGACAAUGCGGGUCUGAGGACACUCAACAACAAGUACGGCGAUGCUGGAGAUGUGGCAUUCGAGGCGAAGAAGCGUCAGUCCUUCACGCUACGCAAGCCAAAGCCAUUGACUAUCAAAAGUGUAUUUGACUCUCUGGUCAAGAUCGCAACCAGCAAGGGCAACGGCAGCGUGGAGGUCAAGCAGAGGAUUGUGGAGAGGCUGAUACAAGAUGCACGGGGUGCAGAAGAAAGCCGAUACAUCGUCAGAACGCUAGUGCAGCACCUGAGGAUCGGCGCAGUCAAAACCACGAUGCUCAUUGCGCUAUCACGCGCAUUCCUCCUAUCGAAGCCACCGAACGCCGAGUUCGAGACUCGCGAUUCAAAAGACCUUGCCAAACUGAAGAAGGAAGACUUGGCCGAGAUUUACAGCAGAAACGAGGAGAUUGUCAAAGCGAGCUUUGCCCGGAGACCAAACUACAACGACAUAAUACCAGCAUUGCUGGAGAUUGGUGUAGGCGAUGAGCUCUUGAUACGAUGUGGCCUGGCUCUACACAUACCGCUCAGACCUAUGCUGGGCAGCAUCACACGCGAUCUGGGCGAGAUGCUCACGAAGCUACAAGGACGAGACUUCAGCUGCGAGUACAAGUAUGAUGGCCAAAGAGCACAGGUGCACUGCGAUGAGAAGGGCAAAGUUACGAUAUUCUCACGGCAUUUGGAAGUCAUGACGGACAAGUAUCCGGAUCUUGUUGCAUUGGUACCGAAGAUUAGAGGCGAAGGUGUGUCCAGCUUCAUCCUUGAGGGUGAAGUCGUGGCAGUGGACCGCGAAUCAGGCGAGUUGAAGACCUUCCAGACACUCGCCAACCGCGCCCGGAAGGACGUCCUAAUCGGUGCAGUAACAAUCGACGUCUGUCUCUUCGCCUUCGACUUGAUGUACCUGAACAGCGAAGAACUCCUCAACCGCCCAUUCCGAGAGCGGAGAGACAUGCUACGCAGCCUCUUCGUCGAGAUCCCGCACAACUUCACCUGGGUCAAAAGCCUCGACGCCACAUCCGCCGACACCGAAACCGUAUCAUCGUUCUUUAAAAGCGCACUCGAACUAAAAUGCGAAGGCAUAAUGGUCAAAGUGCUCGACAAUCUCCCCAACCCCGACCUCCUCGAAGAGCUCAACGAAGACGGCACGCCCUCCUUACCACCCACGCCCAAGAAGAAGAAACCCACCAGGCCCAAAGGCAAGAUCAAGACAACCACCGCCGAAGACGCCCACAUCGACGAGCCCAAGAAACCCGGCCGCCGCAAAGCGCUCCUCAGCACCUACGAGCCGGACAAACGCCUCGACUCGUGGCUGAAGGUGAAAAAAGACUACUCGACAACGUCCGAAACCCUCGAUCUGAUCCCAAUUGGCGCCUUCCACGGCUCCGGGCGCAAAGCCUCCUGGUGGUCGCCCAUCCUGCUCGCAAUCCGCAACGAGCAAACCGGCACGCUCGACGCGGUGACGAAGUGCAUGUCCGGCUUCACCGACGCGUUUUACAAAGCCAACCGCUCGAAAUACGACCCGGACGAUCCUGAGAACACCAACGUGAUAAGGGAUGGCAAGCCGCACUACGUCGAGUACAACGGCGGCGCGGGGUGGCCGGCGGUGUGGUUCGAGCCGCAGGAGGUGUGGGAGGUUGCGUUUGCGGAUUUGACGCUGAGUCCGACGUACACUGCUGCUAUUGGGCUUGUUAAUGAGGAUCGGGGGCUGAGCACGAGGUUUCCGCGGUUCUUGAGGGUGAGGGAGGAUAAGGGGAUCGAGGAGGCGACGGAGGCGGAGGAGUUGGCGGUGUUGUACCGGAAGCAGGAGGCGAGGCCGAGGAAGGAGGAAAAGGAGGGGGGUGAGGAGGAUGUGGAAUAGAGGAGUUGUUGUUGUUGUUGUUGUUGUUGUUAGAUGGAGGGUUUGGCUAUGUAGGAUUGUAGUUGCAUGAGCAGCAUCUCGACGGGCAC